UGGCAGUGUUUCAAGAAGGAUGAUGGUUGUGCGUGCAUCCGAGGAGGCGGAGCCACCAGCUGCCACCAAAACCGCCACCACCACCGUCUCACCUCCUAAGCCACCUCCGAUUGGACCCAAGAGAGGCACCAAGGUGAGAAUUCUGAGGAAGGAGUCUUACUGGUUCAAAGGCAUAGGAUCUGUUGUAGCGGUUGAUCAGGACCCAAAGACUCGAUAUCCAGUGGUGGUUCGAUUCAACAAGGUCAACUAUGCCAAUGUAUCAACUAACAACUAUGCACUAGAUGAGAUUGAAGAAGUGAAAUGAAUUCUAUAUAUAUGUGUGCCUAUUUUGAGUGUGGUUUGAAUUUGUGUAGUACUUCUCUGUAUUCUAUCCACUCUUGUUUCUGAUAAUUUUAUCACUAUUGCUAGAGACCAAUUUGAAUUAUCUAUCUUUAUGUCUGUCUCAUGCAAUCGAUACAA